GUUUAUAUGUGACGCUUGUUAAGUCCAACAUUAACAACUGAAACGAUGAUUUUACAGAAAGGCAAGGUAAGGGCCGGGGAGAUCAAAGUACAGUGGGCAACAAAUCUCUCUGAUCAUCAAUUAAAAUCAUUGUCAAGUCUCCGCAUCUCGUCGGCGAAGUGUCAGGGAAUGAAACUAUCGUUGGAACCAGGUCAGAUUGCCGAACACGCCUCGUUUCCACGACACUGAAGGGCAGAACGAACUUCAAGACAUCUACACGGAUUAACUUUGUUCCAUCGUAAAUCAUAAGGAACCACUCGUCUCAAGUAUUCUCAAGAGCGUUUGUAAAUAGUCUUAAGAUGACUUCUACGACUUGUCUCACAGCUCUCGCUCUGUUGACAAUCUCUUCCACUUUGGCAGCUUUAGCGGAAAGUGACAGGGAUAUAAACAGCUCAGAGGCAAGAAAUGAUAUCACGGAACCCGGUUCGACGAAAAAGAAGACCCCAAAAUGCAGAGAAGACCGAGAUUGUCAAAAAGGCCAGAUAUGCCACACAUUUUUAAAUGUUUGCUUUGUUAUGCCUCAAGAGAAAAGCAGAAUGAAACUGAAGGUGGAAAAAAAGCCAACCAUCCCUUGCAAAAGUGACAAAGACUGCGGCAAAAGUCAGUCUUGUCACGCCCUUUUUGGAUGUGUGGAUAAUCCUCAUAUUCCUGCGACAGUCACGACUGCACCCCAGAUAAGGGUACCCAAGUGCAAAAACAGUACUGAGUGCCCUGAUGGCCAAUAUUGCCACGACUUCUUCAACUUGUGCCUACCAAACCUCACAAUAUUCUUCGAAACAACGGCUUCUCCACCACGUGCUGGUUGCAAAAGUGACUCAGACUGUGAAAACCAGGGAGAUUUCUGCCAUAACUUGACCAGAUUAUGCCUGCCACUACCUACAACUGCCAUAACUUCCCCUCCUCGAAAAAGUGCAUAUGCCUGUAAUUCCCAUGCAGAUUGCAAAAUGACCGAGUUCUGUCAUUUUCUCAUCGGAAUGCGGAGUCGAGAUAAAUCCAGAGGCUUUGGACCAAACAAUAACUUGAAGUCUGCCCUCGGGGUAUGCAUUGCCCGAGCUUUAAAGGAUGUUCCUGAGGACCCAAGUCCAUUCUCUUCAAAUUGCAGUCAUGCUGCAGAUUGCGGAAAGGGAAGGUGUUGCUUAAAGGAUUUAGGGUUAUGCGUGGGCUAUCGCUUGCCUGGAGAGCUUUGUGUUGCAGAGGACGUAUCAUUCGCCUUUUCCUGCCCAUGCCUACAAGGUUUCACCUGCAUCAGUAGGAGACGUCCCAUGCGACUCAGGAGACUGGAGAGAAAGCUUAAACUGCCCAAAGAAGUAGUGAAGAAGCUGAGCUUACAGUUUGAUAAAACAAAUGAAUUUAGGGUUGGCAAAUGUCAGCUUAUUUCUGAUUGAGAUGUGGAAGCUCUCACUAACGCCGAACAUGAGCCAGUGCAAGAUCACAUUUUCCAAGUAACAAUGGUGGUUCCGUUAGAUAGCUUUACACCCGACCAUUAUAAACUGAAAAGAGAGAUCGCUUGUGACAGAUGCUUAUCUGGCAUGCACAGACUAUUGUAAAAUAUACAACAAGUUAUGAAAGUUUACAGGAGCUUCAUUGCCAGUAUGCGUAUUGUACAAAACGGAUUGUCCGCUAAUUUUUCUGUAAAUAACCGAGGUCUUACUAUUAUGGCCCAGACAAUUAAAGGGAAGCAUGUGAAA